GGCCUUCAGCUACAUCCCGCCGCGGCGCAGGGACCCCAAGGAGCACAGCUACUUCGGGCGGCAGGGCCAGACAGGGGUUGUUUCCCUCUAUGACUGUGUGUUUAAGAGGCGCCUAGAUUAUAACCAGACGUUGCACCGAGAUGACAGAGAACAUGCAAAAUCCCUGGGACUUCAUGUUAAUGAGGAGGAGCAGGAGAGGACUGUGGGGGUGCUGACGUCCUCUGUCUACGGGAAGCGCAUCCAGCAGCCCAUUGAGCCCCUGAACCGGGGCUACGGCCGAGUGAACCACGUGCAGGCGGACUUCUACAGGAAGAACGACAUCCCCAGCAUCAAGGAGCCCGGCUUUGGGCACAUCACCCCAGCCUGAUGCAGGCCUCGUGGCCUGGGAGGCAGGUGGGGUGCCCACUGGGCAGGUGAUGGGCACCCUGUUCGUCACAGUCCUCGUCACAGUCCUCAUCACAGUCCUCGUCACAGUCCUCGUCACAGUCCUCAAUGGCUGAUGAGCAGUUUUUCCUGAGCUUGUCUUGAUUAGAAACCUGGCCAACCUUGAAUAGUGUUAGGAAUGUGUAGGAGAGAGGAUUUUACCGGUUCUUAUUUCAGAUUCAAAGACACUGGAGAUGGGCUGAUUGUGAGCACCUGAAUAAAAGGAAAACCUGGUUUGCUUUGA